AUGGAAAUGUUUCAAGUGGAGGUUAAAAGUGAAAAUAACUGCGGGUUAAGUCCUGUAAUGAUAAUGGUAAAAGUUGAAAAUACAUUAAUUGAAAUGGAAGUUGAUUCUGGUGCAGGGAUUUCAAUAUUACCUGAAGAAGUUGUGAAAGAGAAGUUACCUCAUAUACACAUUAAUCCUACUAUUUUAAAGCUAAGAACUUAUGAUGGUUCAAUUAUUAAGCCGAUAGGAGAAAUUGAAGUUAAACUAAUGUAUGGCGAAAGAGAACUAUAUGGUAAAUUAUUAGUAGUUAAAAAAGGACAUAGAGCUUUGGUAGGCAGGGAUUUAAUGAACAAAUUAGGCAUAACGAUUAGGGGUAUUUCAAAGAUUGAAGUAGAAAGCACAAAUAAGAAUGAUAAGUUAGAGUUGUUAAUAAAUGAAUUUGAAGAAUUAUUUGAGGAAAAAAUUGUUGAGGAUGAGUUGGAUAGAUUAGAAAGGGAAGAGAUAAUACAGAAAGUGGAGACUAGUGAAUGGGGUACUCCGCUUGUACCGGUUAUUAAACCAGAUGGAUCUAUUCGUUUAUGUACAGAUUAUAAGACUACUGUUAAUAAAUAUUUGGUAGAUAUUAACCAUCCAUUACCAAGAGUAGAAGAGGUAUUUGUGGCGUUGCAAGGAGGUAAAACAUUCUCUAAAUUAGAUUUUUUGAAUGCUUAUAACCAAUUAGAGUUAUGUGAAAGUACACAAAAACUAUUAGCUUGGAGUACGAGUAAAGGUAUUUAUAUAGUUAAAAGAUUACCUUUUGGUACCAAACCAGCUUGUUCAAAGUUUCAGAGUGUUAUUGAAAAAGUAUUGUUAGGAACUAAGGGUGUUAAAAACUUUUUAGAUGACAUAAUUGUAGCUGGUAGUAGUGAACAGGAGCACUUGGAUAAUCUCGGGGAAGUGUUUAAAAGACAUAUAAUUGGAUCAGAAGGUAUUGAAAGAGAUAAAAAUAAAGUUAAAGCAAUGCUUAAUGCUGUAGAGCCUAAAAGUGUCACAGAAGUAAAAGCAUUUACAGGUAUGGUGAACUACUAUGCUAAAUUUAUACCAAAUUUAUCAACCUUACUAGGUCCUAUUUACAAUUUGUUAAAAAAAGAAGUGAAGAGAAUUCAAAGAUGGGCAUUAUAUUUAUCUGAGUUUGAUUAUCAAGUAUUACAUGUUAAAGGUCGUGAUAAUAAAGUGGCAGAUGGACUUUCGAGAUUACCUGAUAAAUAUGAUGUACAAACUCAAACAAAUGAAACUGAUUAUGUUGAUUUUAUGGAAAAUACUAUGCCUAUUGAUUAUGAGAUACUUAGAGUGGAAACUAAAAAAGAUAAAGAAAUAUUAAUUCCUAAAAUUCUAAGAAAGAAUUUAUUGAAAGAAGUACAUUCAACUCACAUGGAUAAGGAUAUAGAAAAUUGGGUACAAAGUUGUGAUGCUUGUUUACAAAGUAGAUCAGAACCAAUUUUAGCAGAACCAAAAAAGUGGGAGGAAGCGAGCUGUCCAAUGGACAGAGUACAUAUAGAUUUUCUAUAUUUACAAGGUAAAGAUUAUUUGAUAAUGACAGAUGUAUUUACAAAAUGGCCAGAAGUAGCUGAAAUGAAAGUAAGUAAUAGUGGUUCAGUUAUUGAAAAGUUAAGAGAGAUAUUUGCCAGGUUUGGGUUACCAAACAAAAUUGUGUCAGAUAAUGGACCACAAUUUAGAUCAGAGGAGUUUAUACAAUUUUGUAAAAAUAAUAUGAUUAGGUUUGUGACGUCAUCGUCACCUCCUUAUCAUCCAGCUACGAAUGGAUCAGCUGAAAAUGCUGUUAAGUCUUUAAAGAAUAGUAUAUUGAAGGCAGUAAAAGAUAAGACAAAUAAGAAUGUUUCAUUAAAUACAUUAAUCCAAAGAUAUUUAUUAACAUAUAGGAAUACACCACACUGGAUAACGGGCGAGUCACCAAGUUAUAGAAUGUUUGGAAGUAAAAUUAAGACUAGGUUAGAUAGAUUAUGCAUUCCUAAAGAAACAAAUAAGUAUGUAAAAAGAUUUAGAAAAGUAUAUUUUAAAGAAGGAGACAUAGUUUAUGCUAGAGAUUAUUCAAACCCAAAUAAAAAAGAGUGGAAGAAGGGAACAAUCGAGGAAGUUUUAGCCCAGUUCAAGUAUGAGUCUGGUAGAUGUUAUCAACAAUUUGUUAAAAAAGCUGAAUCAUCUUUCAUUUCAAACCCUAAAUCUUUUUGGGACUUUGUACGCAAAAACAAAAAUGGAAAUAAUCUUCCAUCUACAGUAAACCUUAACGGUGUCUCUAGUACCAACAAUGUAGAUGCAUCUGAGCUCUUUUCUAAGCAUUUUAGUUCUGUUUUUUCGUCAACCAAAAUAUGUACUGUAAACGCUUUACCUAAUGGUCUACCCUAUGACCUACCUUCUUGUUGCUAUGUUGAUAUUGAUGAUGUUGAAUCUGGUUUGUCUAAGCUACGCUCGGUGAAGUCAAUUGGUCCAGACGGUUUGCCAGGAUUUUUUUUGUAUCACAUAAG